UCACUCCUCAGCUUCAAAAUCACCUUUGAGCUUCUCUUCACUGAAUCUUCAUUGAACUAUACGGAACUGCAAAAAUGGCAACGGACAUCCUGAAUGAUGAUGACAUUAAGAAAGUUCUUGAUGAAUUCAAAGAUCCUGGCUCAUUCAACCCUAAAACGUUUUUUGAGAUGAUGAAGCUAAAUAAAAAAAGCAAUGGUGAUGUGAAGCUCUUCAAUGAACUGGACAAAGACGGAUCUAAAUCUAUAGAUGAAAAGGAGUUGAAAUCCCUCCUGAAGGUCUUUGAUAUGAAUGCAAGAGACCUGACCGAUGAUGAAGCCAAUGACUUCCUCAAGGCAAUUGAUAAAGAUGGAAGUGGCAAGAUUGACGAGAAAGAGUUUGUUGAUUUUGCCCGUAGUUAAUCCAGGCCAUCCUAUGCUCUGAUGACUCCUGACACACACUCCCAACACACGCGUGCACACACACACACACACACACAGAGUACAUUUUCACUCACCUCCUACAAUCAUUUCUUUUCUUUUUUUAUACAAAUGUGUGUGUGUUAGUGUACAAGUGAAGAGGUGUAAACUCUAUCUUGGAAGUAUGUGCAGUAGAUACUUUAAAAAGAAUAACCCAUCCCUUCAUCUGUAUUAUUGUGGAUUUUCUUUCUGUCUUUGCCUUCUCCCUUUAUCAUUUGAUUGAUUUGUUCUUUCCUCCACUCCCUGGCAUUGCUUUACCUUUGUCCUGUCUCCAGCUCUCCCUCUCAUCUCUCUGGUACACAAGUAUUGUGAAAUACAC